AUCGUUUUCAUCAUCAUCAAAUUUUUUCUAUAACUUGUCGUUUAGCUCAUAUACUUCCAUUAAAUAAUGACAAUGAUCAAUUAACAUGGCCAGACGAUGCAACAAAUCAAUUUUUAGCUGUUCUCAAGCAAGUUAUACCUGAAAUAGAAUUAUUAUCAUUUACUACCAAUGGUUGUUUUCAAACAAAUUUAUUUGUUAUGAAUUCUGGUCAACAUGUUUGUGUGAAUGAUUAUAUGAUACAUAUAAAAAUGGCUAAACCUAUUCUAAAUACAACAAAUAUUAAUGACGAUAGACAAAACUGUAUUCAAGUAAGAGAGAAUAUUUUCAUCCGAAUUAAUUUUGUCUGAUAAAAACAACUAUAUUUGCUGUUCACAUAUAUAACUCUGUUGUAAUCUAAUCUAUGGCGUGAGAUAUCUUAUCACAACAUGUUCACUCACGUUUUGGCUAUUUAAAGAUACAUGGUUAUAGACAGAAGCAAUUUGUUAGAAUUAGACUUUUCUUUUUGGGAUAAUCUUUGAUAACCAUCAUCAGACUAUUUUCAAAAUAGUGUUUUUACAGAAUAAUAUUUUGUAUUUCGAUUGAAACCUAUUAAAUUCAGAAUGCGAAACAGAAAACGGUUUUAUGUUUAAAAACACAAUUGUCGAUUUCCAUAGAAAUUAAUUCUUUAAUAGAAAGAUAUUUCGCUUAUUGUAAUAUCCCAUCUUGUAUAAAAAUUCAAUGCUCUACAAUAAUGUUGAAUUGAAGCUGUUCCAAAACACAAACUACAUAAACUGAGAGCUGCAUCUUUGCUUUAUACAGACAUAAUUUUGAACUUUUUCAUAAAACUUAUUGAUAGUUGUUCAAUUUUAUCUCCAAAGGAAAAUCCGAACAUACAUUCUGAAAGAGUUAAAUUCUAUAUAAGAUAGUUUUUAAUAGUAAAGAAUUGAUGUCUUAUCAGAAAUGAAAUCAUAAAAACAACUCAUCGUACUCGUAUGUAAUUGAAUAUUCAAGAAAGACAAAAUUAAAUGAAUCGUAGUGUAACAACAAAAUGUUUCGAAGUUCGAAAUAAUGAUUAAAAUAACUAUUCUUCAUUUCUAUGCUGUCCAAAAUAUUUACUACAUUCGUAUAACCAGUGACGUAUUCAGGAUUUUUCAGUAUGCU